AUGGUAAUGGAUGCUGCCGGGCCUGAUUUCAAUCUGAAUAUGGAGGAGGAACCUCCAAAUCCGGAAGCUCAAGCAUUAUAUGACAUGCUUAGUGCUGCAAAAAAAGAGUUAUAUCUUGGUUGUCGAAAGCAUACGCAGUUGUCGCUUGUUGCUAGAUUGCUUAGCUUUAAGUCAGAGCACCAUCUAUCUGAGAGGGGAUUUAAUCAACUUUGUGAAUUACUUAAGGAGGUUCUUCCUGAACCUAAUACGGUGAUUGAUAAGUUUUACAGCACUAAAAAACUGGUUCGAGGGUUGGGCCUUCCUGUUGAGAAAAUUGAUUAUUGUAGAAACAACUGUAUGAUUUUUUGGGGUGAUGACAGUGAUUUAACAGUCUGCAAGUUUUGUCAUGAGAAUCCGUACAAGCAAGUUGAUCAAGCUGACAGUAGAAAACGACAAAAAACUUGGGUUCCUCAUAAGAAGAUGCAUUAUUUUCCUUUAACUCCUCGGCUUCUGAGAUUGUAUGCAUCCAAUUCAACAGCAGCAGAAAUGAGGUGGCACGCAGAUCAUGUGGUCGAAGAUGGUGUCAUGCGUCAUCCGUCGGAUUCCCCUGCGUGGAUUCAUUUUAACGAGACUCAUAUAGAAUUUGCUGCCGAGAAAAGGAAUGUCAGACUUGGUCUUUGUACUGAUGGGUUUCAGCCGUUUGUGCUAGGACCAGAGAAUCCUAAGGCAAAACUUGAUGUUUUCUUACAACCUCUUAUUGCAGAGUUGAAACAUUUGUGGGAUGUUGGUGUGCCGGCAUAUGAUAUCUCAUUGAAACAAAAUUUCCAACUGAGAGCGGCUUUGAUGUGGACCAUUAGUGAUUUUCCUGCAUAUUCAAUGCUCUCGGGGUAUAGCACGGCAGGAAAGUUGGCAUGUCCUUAUUGCACGAUUCAUUCGGACGCAUUUUACUUGUCAAAGAGUCGAAAGAUUUCAUGGUUUGACAACCAUCGGAAAUUCUUGCAUCGAGAUCAUCCGUAUCGACGGAAUAGGUAUGGAUUUCGCAAAAAUACUUUGAUAAAAAAAACACCAUCUCUUGUACUGUCUGGACUUGAGAUACUUGCUUCCUUAGAUGAGUUGGGUUUACUGAAGGCGACAGAACCCAAUGCUGCACAGAUUAAUGUGGAUAACAGUCAUGAGAAAAACGUGUUUGAAAAUGUGUUCAAUACAGUGAUGAAUGCACUGGGCAAAACUAAGGACACGGUGAAGUCGAGAGAAGAGUUGAAUCAAUAUUGUCGCCGCAUUACUCAACCAACUUUUACUCUGAACAAGAAAGAAAAAGUUGUCCUGUGUGCGUGGGUCAAAAAUCUAAAAUUUCGUGAUGGGUAUGUGUCGAACAUGGCUAGAUGUGUUGACACAAAGAAGCUUAAGUUGUUUGGGAUGAAAAGCCACGACUGUCAUGUGUUCAUGCAAAGGUUGGUGCCCGUUGCAUUUCGGGAAUUAUUACCGCAAAAAGUAUGGGAGGCACUAACUGAGUUGAGUCUUUUCUUCAAAGAUUUGGCAUCGACCACUAUUAAAAGUGAGCACAUGAUGAAAUUAGAGAAUGACAUCCCCAUCACUUUGUGUAAGUUGGAGCUCAUAUUCCCUCCAAGCUUCUUUGACUCUAUAGAGCAUCUUCCAGUCCAUUUGGCUUAUGAAGCAAGGAUAGUAGGUCUAGUUCAAUAUCGAUGGAUGUAUCCGUUUGAAAGAUACCUUGGAAAGUUGAAGAAAACAGUUAGAAAUAAAGCUCGAGUGGAAGGCUCUAUUUCUAAUUCAUACGUUGUGGAAGAAGCGUCAUUGUUGUGUUCUCAUUACUUUGAAGACCAUGUUGUUACAAGGCAUACACGAGUGCCGCGCAAUGAUGCUGGUGUUGUAAAUAAAGGGGAUGACCAGGAGGGGAAGUUAUCAAUUUUCAAGCAUCCUUGUCAACCAUUUGGAUGUAAAAAGUCACGAAUGCUAUUCGGUGAAGAAUAUGAUGUUGCACAUAGAUAUAGUUUGAUAAAUUGUCCAGAAGUUGAACCGUAUCUGCAGUAA